CGAAAUCGUUAUCGAGAAACUCGUGUUCUGAUAAUAGUGAAACCUGACAUUUCGAUUUAGUACACGUGUGAUUGUUUGCCGGGUUGGCUAGAAAAGAAAUGACUAGACCGGAGCUUGCAUCGAAACUAGAAGUAUUAGGUUUCGUUCUAUGAAAAUAGUACCGACGGCUGAAAGUUCCAUUGAACUCGAAAGCUUGUUGUAUAACAAGAUUAGUGAAACUAUUGAUGCACGACUGUUUGGACGUGCCGCAGCGCAGUGAACAUCCGAGCACGGUACGCGCUGCCGUUCUACGUAUGGACGACCGUUCUACAGGUCAGAUCUUCAGAUAUCAGCGGACAGUCAGCGCAGAAGGACGGUUGUGCCAAUUCGUCGUAGAUCGGAAACAGUCGUCAAUCAUUUCUUUGGUAGUCUAAACUAUUGACGACCGCAGAAAGACAUUACAGUGCGUACCGAGUGUCCUCAACUGAAGAUCAAAGCUAAGGACGAGGCUUGGUUGGUGAUAAGCGCGGUGAUUGCUGAAAUUGAAUGAAAACGAUCGCUCAGCCCUUCCGUUUACUUCCAUGUAGUGAUAAGAACGGAGGUUCAGUACAUUCGAUGACCUAUAAAGAGAUCGGAACGAUUGACUAAUAUUUGCACAGCAAAUUAUCGCCUUCAGAAUAAAUUAAAAAAAAAAUCGUUCAGUUUGGUACAAGUUAUCGGUCACUGGCUGUCUUCCGGAUUUUAACUUUGAAGUUGUGAUUUUUCGUGCCUCGAGAACAGACUGAAUCAAAAUUGAAAUGCCAUACAACCGAUAAUCGAUUGUCGUUUAUCGUCUGAAGUUCAAGUGGUACGAGUGCAAGGUGUUGAUUUGUUUUCACAAUAGAAAAUCAAUCACAAAGAAACGAUAGCUGUUAGACGGUAGAUAACCGCGAUAGAUUUGAAUAAUGGCUGAAACGGUGAAGUUUGUCAAUGGGGACACGGCGGUGGGUACGAUCGUGAAUGGAUCUGCGGUUAACGGCCAUCUACCGAAGGCAAAAAAUGGAUCAGCAGCGGCAGUGGAAGAGGUUCACGACCCACCAGAUGGAGGCACUCGAGCCUGGUUAGUGAUGGUGGGAGCCUUUCUGUGCAACGGUGUACUGUUUGGUAUAAUUAACACCUACAGUGUGGUUUAUCUGAGCUUACAGAAACAACUGCACGAUGUGGGUGAUACCGAGGCGUCUAGCAAAGCAGCUCUCGUUGGGUCACUAACAAUUGGCACAACCUUCCUGCUUUCGCCAGUAUCCGGCAUCCUGACCGACAAGAUCGGGCUCCGGACAACCACCCUGAUCGGCGGUGUUCUGACCUGCGGAGGCAUGUUCUUGUCGUCGUUCUUCACCCACAACGUUUCCGCUCUGUACUUCACCUAUGGAAUAAUGUUCGGACUGGGUGCUGCGCUGGCGUACACACCUUCUCUGGCCAUCCUGGGACACUACUUUAAGAAAUACCUCGGACUGGUGAACGGGAUUGUGACGGCCGGGUCGAGCGUGUUCACUGCCAUUAUGCCGGUUCUGUUGAACAAACUAGUAGAGCAAAAGGGGCUGGCGACGUCCUUCCGUAUUCUAUCUGUGAUAUCUAGCUUUGUGAUAUUUUGCGCAUUGCUCUACAAACCAUUGCAUCCACCUCCACCGCCACCACGAGUAAAACCAGGCCGAUCGCGCUUCAACACAUUUUUGCGAUCGUUCAUCAAUUUUGACAAUUGGAAGAAGAAGAAGUACAUUAUCUGGGCCUUUUCAAUUCCGAUUGCUCUAUUUGGAUACUUUGUACCUUAUGUUCACAUGGGAAAAUUCGUAAGGGAUUCGUUCCCAGGAGAGGGAGAAAAUCUUCCCGUCAUAUGUAUUGGCAUCACAUCUGGAUUGGGUCGUCUAAUCUUCGGAUUUAUUGCGGAUUUUCCACGAGUGAACCGAGUACUUCUUCAACAGAUGUCAUUCGUUCUGAUAGGAGCGAUGACAAUGUGUCUUCCUGCAACCGGUUCCUUCACGCUUCUGCUGGUUAUAGCUUUAGCUAUGGGUCUAUUCGAUGGAUGCUUCAUAUCUCUACUGGGACCGAUAGCAUAUGACAUUUGUGGACCGCGUGGUGCCACGCAAGCUAUCGGAUUUCUAUUGGGCCUAUGCUCAGUACCCUUGACCAUUGGACCACCGGUAGCUGGAAUGCUGUACGAUCACACUGGAUCAUACAAACUACCUCUUAUCCUUGCUGGUAUUCCACCACUCUUCGGUGCUUCCACGAUGUUUCUUAUCAGAUGUGUUAAAGAUGAUGAUCCUAUCAGCUCAGAAGCGGUACUGAAGGACUCUACGCACCAGCCACUGGCUCAGACUGCUUGGGACUGCGAAAAUCCGACGGAUGGUAAAAUGAACGGCCACAUACGAGAGGAACGCCGGGCAACGCUCGCCAGCUCAGAAUCACUUACCGCGGGAAAUAAUUGAAUGUAGAAGUUUCUUUUCUUGAAUGGAUAAUACGCAAACAAAUUAUAUACGAUACAGGAACCAAACAAAGACGUAUGUAUCAGCGUGGAUUUAGUGCUUAGAUAAAUUGUGUGGUUAAAAAACUAGUGUUGAUAUGAAAGCCUAGACUAGAUUAGAUGUACUGAAAAAAAAAAAACAAAACAGGAAAAAGAAAGUCUAUUUUGUUGUAGACUAUAAAUUUGUAUUCUCUGCAGAAGCGUUUUCUUAUGAAUGAAAGUCCACGGGGCGAUCAUUAAGAGGACUGCGAUUUAAUUUGAUUAGUUAGAAUUGACUCAGUAAUGCAUUUCAAUUUUUUUCUUGCCAUUAGGAACAACUUACACAGUAAAUGUUCCCAAUAGAAGGUUGUAAAAUAUUUAUGUUUUAGUAAAUAGGCUACUAUCAAUUGAAUCUUGUAAAUACUGCAUUGAAAACAUUAUGGUAUAAAUUGAAUUCAUACAUAAAACAUA